UAGUUCUACUAAUUACAGGAUAAAUGUAGAUUUUGUUGUCACUGUUAUCUUACUAAAAAUGAACAUAUUUUUUUAAUGCGACGUCUUUUAUACUGACGUAGUGUUAUUAAUUCGGAGCCAAUUCCAAGAAAAAACGUCUCUAAAUUUGUCAGUUCAAAAUAAUGCUAUGAUAAAGCACUUAAACAGAUAAUGAGAUUUGCGUGUUUAACUAAACUAGGAAUAGUAGCCGGACACGCAAGCACGCCAACAGAAUAAUAAACGUGAACCAUAAAAAUAAUGAAUACCUCAUUAAGGGAUAACAAAAGUUACUAUUUUUGAGCGCUUUAAAAAACUUAUUAUAUUAAAGGUAUUCAUUUUUCGGAUCUGUAACCUAAUAAUACCUAAGUAUUUUAAUGGUGUUUAAACAAUAUGUACCUAGAGAUAAAUAGUAUUCUUUUUUUAAACCGCCUGAAAUAUCUCCCCCUGUCUUAAAUUAAAUUAUAAAUAUAAAUAAUUCUACGAAUUCUGGGUUUCUAAUUUAUAUACAAUAUUACCGUAAGAUCGUAAAUAUUUGAGUAGUUUUUUAUAGCUUUUGGCGCAGAUGAUAUCAUGAGAGCACUAUAAAAUCCCUAUCCAACUGCGUAUAAAGUUUCGGACGAUUUUCCUCAUCCAAAAAUAGCUCGAAUGAUAAUAUUGCAAUAAAUUUCAAUCAACCAGCCCAGCUCGCAUUGCCUGUAGUAAACAUAUUAGAAUUUUGUUUGUCAAAUUUUGCAUGACAGUAGUAUGUUCACUACUGGACACUGUUAUCAGUAAUUCGGUUAGCAACUGGGAAAGUUAGGAGUUUAUUAUCGUCAUCCAAUAUAUGGCUAUGUGCGCACUUUGUAUGACUAAAUAUUAUCGGUGGUUCGAUUUGCGGUUUACCUUAUAGCAGGACAAAGGAAUGCCAGUUAUUAGCUAACAAUCCCUAUAUUUAGUAAUCUAUCCUACUGAAUUACUCUAUAAAAGGCAAUGUGGAAUGAACAACGCCAUCAGUCAUUGUGCGACAAGUACGAAGGGAACGUUUAUUAAAAAUAAAGUGAAAGUUUUAUUGCAAAUUUAAAGAGUAAUUGGUGUGAAUAAAUUAAAAAUGAGUCGAUGCAAAUUCAGGAGUCUGAACUAUUCAGAGUUUUUGAAUUUAGUGGAAAAAAGUGAUUUUGAAGAGGUGGUUACGCGAGAACACGAGAAAAUUAUGGCCCAGAAAGUAGACGGCACCUUCAACGAAUCUAUGAAGCUUGAAAAUCGAAAAUUGAACAGGUAUCUAGACAUGUUAUGUUUUGAUCACACUAGAGUGACGUUGCCUGCUGAAAAAAAUAGAGGAGACUAUAUAAAUGCGAAUUAUGUAGACGGCUAUGAAUACAAAAAAAAGUUUAUUUGUACUCAGGCACCGUUGCAGCAGACAGCCUACGACUUCUGGAGAACAGUGUGGAUGCAUCAUACUCGAAUAAUUGUAAUGAUGUGCAAGAAAAAGGAAAAUAGAAAACAGUGUUUUGCAUAUUGGAACGACAUCGAAGGCGGCGAUAUUGUAUUUGGAAAAUUUAAAAUAACAACCACCCAAAUAGAAACUCACUUAAGUUACAUCGAGACCACUCUGCUUGUGACUGAUGGGACCUCAGCUAUUCAAGAAGUCACGCAUUUUGUUUUUACCCAGUGGCCUGACUAUGGUGUACCUAAUGAUGUAAUGAAUCUAUUGAAUUUCAUUUUAACUGUGAAAAGUGCCCAAAAAGAUGUUAUUAGACAACUAGCUCAGGAACGUUUCAAAAUUGGUGACAAUCCACCACCGAUAGUCGUCCACUGCAGCGCUGGUGUUGGCAGAACAGGUGCAUAUUGUCUGCUUGAUAGUGCGAUAUCAGAAUUUGAUGCUUGUGCUACCAUUUCUAUUCCAUCAACCCUUAUCAACAUUAGAAAUCAAAGAUACUACUGUAUUUUCAUUUUGCCUCAAUACUUUUUCUGUUACCGGGUGAUGGAACGUUAUGUAAAUUUAACUGUAAACAAGGUGUCAAAAAAACUCAUUGCAAAUGUAGCCACUGCUUUAUUUAAUAAAGUUCUUCAUCUAAAAGAUAACUAGUACU